AUGAAUAAUGAAGAGGCCUUUAGAAGGUAUUUGCAAGACAAUAACAUCCCUGCAAAUAAGUACUUCCAGGCAUAUAACAAGGUUGCAGCUGGUUUAAAACCCAGAUAUUUCCGAUUCCCGCACAAAAAUUUAACAUAUUCGUUUGGUUUGACUCAUAAACGUGUUUUAUGGCUUAGGGAUGUUGAAUUGUUUGCUAUCUGUGGGAAAAAACCUCUACCUAGAAAUGCAGUGGGUUUGGAUGCAGCAAGUGCUGCUGCUGUGGAAGCUCUCAGAUUAUCCGUCUUGGCCAAGCAGGCCCACAUAUCAAUUUUGGAUAUGUGUUGUGCCCCUGGAGGGAAAUUACUGGCAAUAGCUUCAACUCUCAUCAAAUAUAUCACCACAGGCGAUGCAAAAGUUACAAUUGUGGGACUAGAUUCGAGUUAUAGGAGGCUAAAAGUCUGUAAUGCGUUAUUAAGAAAGGAAGGCCUGCCAUCUGAAGUAUUGGUUAAACUGAUUUGCACUGAUUCAACUAAUUUUGAUCCGAGUGAAACCUUCAAAAAUAUCAUAGAUAAUAAGGAUUGCACGGUACCAUGUAGCUACGAUAGGGUAAUUGUUGACGUUGAAUGCUCGCAUGAGGGUUCAUUAAGGUCCGUGUUAAGGACCGUUAAAUACUGGGGUGCCCGUCAGUUUGAGUACAGAUGGUUAAAUCAGAACUAUAUUGAUGAUUUGGUGGAAACCCAGUGCAUGCUAUUGAAUAAGGCAUUGGACCUAUGUAAGCCCGGUGGCAUGGUUGUUUACUCCACCUGUUCCCUAAUCGAUAGAGAGAACCAGGGAGUUAUAAAGAGGAUUUUGAAUCAAAGGAGCGAUGUAUAUGCACAUCCACUCCCUAUUAGGCAGUGCGAAUGUUGCACAGUAGCUACAAAUGCAACUAAAAAUGAGUUUGAACAUUUUGAUUGGCCCGCAGAGGGAGUGGACAUAAAAUCAGAGUAUAGGUAUGGCGAUUUUAGGCUUGAUUCCGAGGGUCCAUGUAAAAAUGACUCAUCCGGGAGUUUUUGUGCCGUAUUGUUCAAUGCACUAAGUGAGACAAGUACCACAGACGGGCAAUUUAUCGCAAGUCUGCUGAAACAACCAAAAACAGAAUAA